AUGUUCGCCAGACAGAUUCGAUAUUUUUCCCGAUCUCUGCGAUUGCGAGCUAUCAAAGUGCCCGACAACGCGCCUACACUGGAAGAAAAUGCUGCCUGGCUCAAGAAACUGGCCAGGUCUCCAAUAACACCAAAAUCUUUAAGCCAUACAGAACUGCCCAAAUCAACUUACGAGAUACGAGAAGCUUCAGAGCUCGAGUCAGAUUCGAACCCAGAGUACUUUGAAUUGAGACUCCCCGGGGGCAAACACGUCAAGGUGGUGAAAAGAGCAAUUCCGCAUAGCCAGCCAGGAACCUCGUUCUUUACGCUUUCUGUGCCCGCAUCCGAGUAUUUCGUGGCAUCGUCGCCGUUUUCGAGACUGCCGUCCAACAAACGUCCCAAAGCCGACUCUUCGCAAUCCUUUUCAGAUUUGAAGGUCGUCAAGGUGAGAUCGGGCAAAGGUGGAAACGGUGCGGUUUCCUUUUUCAGAGACACAGGCAUUGCCGUGGGGCCGCCUGACGGAGGCGAUGGUGGAGACGGUGGCAGCAUAUAUGUUUCCGCAGUCGAGGGAUUGAGUUCAUUGCAUAGCGUCAAGGCCAAAUAUGUCGCAGGAAACGGUGGAAGCGGUCAAAGUGGUCAACUGGACGGGAAACGAGGCGAAAACGUGUAUAUACAGGUUCCUGUUGGGACAACCAUGAUGUGGUGUGCCGAUCCCAAGGAGAUUCGCUCACUGAGAGAUUCAGACAGCAACCAGGUUUUCCAUGUGAAGGCAAGCGCUGGUUCCAGACGCGAUAGAGUGCCGAGAAAUAUCCAGUUUUUCAGAGACAGCUAUGAGCCGGGCAAGGGAUGGAUGUUCAAGGAGAAAGACGAACAAUACCACAUGGAGCGCGACUUUUUCGUGGACCUCAAUGAGCGUGUCAAACUUUACGAUGAAGACCAAAGACGCCACGAGCUCAUGGAGGACGUCAGAAUUUCAUCUUUGAGCUCAAGCUAUUGGCGGAUCUUGGACUGGUUGGAUUGCCAAACGCGGGCAAGUCCACCCUAUUGCGCGCCAUUUCCAACGCUCGGCCACGCGUGGGCCACUGGGAGUUCACCACGCUGCAACCUACAAUCGGAACGAUACAGCUGCGAAUUGAUCAGCCGCCUUUCACAGUGGCUGAUAUUCCUGGGGUGGUCAAGGGUGCCAGUGAGAAUAGGGGCAUGGGUCUGA